GAGGAAGAAAAUUGCAAUGAGCCCGCCAACGUCAACGACGAGUGAGAACCUGAGAAAUGUAUACGUUUUACUAUUAAAAUCAAAUCAUUUUCAUUCCGUGUCAUUAUGGCUUUAACGCCCAAUGCUUCGUGCAGUUUGAUGUCACAGAAGAGACCUGUGUCCAGUUUAUUCGCUGGCCGUGUUGUGAAGCGGCUGAAGUGUGAAGGACCGCUGCAGGAAGCGGCUGUCCGACUUCUGCUGCAGAAUCAGAGUGUGAAGGAUCUGCUCACUGAAAUCUCAUUCAAUAAUUCAUCCACACCGAGUGGCUCUACAGAAUGUCCACUCAUUCCCUCAGCUGUGUCUGCUUCUCUUCUGAUGGGUGAGCUGAAGCAUGAGGCUGAGCAGCGCCAUGUUUCCCUGACAACUGUGACAGUGGCAGCGCUUGUGCCAAAACUGAAGGAGCUAACUCACACUAAAGAGGAGAUACUGCCAGCUACAUGCAGAGCCCAGCUGUGUCACCUGUUGUUGGAGUCGAGCCAUGAACUGUUGUCCCAGGGGGCGCUAUGUCCCAAGCUGCUCUGGAAGGAGCUCACCAGGGAAGAGAAUUUCCCAAAAUUGGAAGUGGCAUUCUAUCUUCAUUCUUACAACAUUAUCUCUCUCCAGUAUAUUUUGGAAAGUCCUGGAGUGAGGCCCUGGCUUGUGUCAGAGCUAAAGGCCCUUUGCAGCUGGAGUCCUGGAGAAGUCGAGACUAAAAAGGUCCAACAGCGUGUCCUGAUAUUGGUGCUGCAGGUCCUGAUAGGAGCUGCUUUUGAUGCCAGUCAGGAGGGAGUGUCUCAGAACAAGAGACUGUCUGGACUCUGCAGCUCUGUCCUGGACCACAUGCUCUUUUGGCUUCUGGAGACUGUUGAGAAAAGUGAGACCACAUCACCUGCAGCAACAGGACCACAAACAUGGAUUGAGUUGUUUGACACGACUCUGUGUGGAACGCUGGUGUCCACAGAAGCACUUAUGCGUUUUUUCAAACACUGCCUCACAAAAUCUCUCACCUAUCAGCCUCGCCUCACAGUGUCCUCUGCCAUCACUCUGCAGAACGAGUGGACCUUUGCUAAAACCAGCCCCCUGCUCACAAACCUGUUUCGUCAGCUCACUGUGGUAUUCAGUAUGGAGCAGCUAUUUUCUGACCUGCAACAAAUCUUAUCCACUCACGAAGUGAACUGGAGACAUGUGCUCAGCUUCCUCUCCACUGUGCUGGUCUAUAACUCCUCUGCCCAAACCAUUUUCACAGAGAUGUUGGAUGAUUUGCUGAGAGCUGCUUUUCAAAGUUACGAUCUUGAGAGUGUCAUAACGGCCUUUUUACUGGCACGACAAGGAGCCCUGGAAGGACCUGCAGUGUUCCCCUCCUACAGUGACUGGUUCAAGAAGUGUUUUGGGGGGAGCAGUAGCCCUCAUGGGGGCAGUAAGAAAGCUCUGGUGUUUCUCCUGAAAUUCCUGUCUGACCUGGUGCCAUUUGAACCCCCCCAGUACCUGAAGGUUCAUAUGCUCCAUCCUCCAUUUGUUCCAACGAAGCAUCGCAGUCUGUUCCUGGAGUAUGUGUCCUUGGCCAAAACCAGGCUGGCAGACCUUAAAGAGUCAUUGGAGGACAUGGGCCUUUAUGAGGAUGUGUCUGCAGCACCAACAGAACAGGCUCAGUGUCAUGAGGUGCAGGAUGUGGAAAAGGCUGUGUCUCUGUUUGAGAGCACAGGGAGGAUCUCAGCCACAGUCAUGGAAGCCAGUAUUUUCAGGCGGCCAUAUUUUUUGACCCGAUUUCUACCUGCUCUACUGGCUCCAAGAGCGCUUCCUUCCAAAGAAGAUGCUCGCAUGAAAUUCAUAGAAGCACUGAAAAAAGCAGAUAAGAUUCCCCAGGUUCAGUACUCUUCAUAUGUGACGUCCUGUAAGAAAGAAAAGCAGAAAGACACAGUUUCAGACUCACAUGAUUGUCCUGUAGAUGUCCUGAGAGGUCAGCUCAACUCUAUUAGAGAGAUGGUUCUGUCUGAGGACCAAAGAGAGCUGUCGGCGCUGAUAUCCCGGAUGUCCCACACUCUGAGUGUUCUCUGUCCUCCUCUGUCCGGUCAGACUGAUGUGGUCCCACUGCACACGGGCAGCCCGCUCCCUGACCUCCAUGUACAGGUGGUCAAUAUGAUUCUGAGGAGCUUCUGUCAGUGUGUUUUGGACACAUCCAAAGAACCACCCACAAAACAUAUCUGGGCCUCCAGAUUUGUGUUGGCAUUGACUGAAAACAGACCAGUGUUUUCCUGUCUGGUGCACAGGCUGUGGGACCUCUUUCAUAACCAGGUAUCCUCUCUGAGUGCUGUUCAUGUACUGGGGCUGGCAGUCUUGUUGGUGCAUAUACAUACCUGCUCUAGCCACUGCCCCCUGGUGGAGUUUCAGCCAAGUGCACCCAGACCUCUGUGUGCGACCGAGGCUCUGUGCUCUGGGCUCCGAUGUGACACCCAUACACACAUGCUGUUCAGCCUCAGGUUUUGUCUUGUGGCUGUCUGCUAUAGCAUGAGCAGUGGAAACGCAGAUCUAGACCAGCUCAUUCCCAGCAGUGUGUAUAAAAAGCUGCUGUACCUUGUCCCGCGGUUGUUGCCUCAUGCCCGGAUGUCUGUCUCUGAUGAGUCUGUGGGUGACGCUCCUGUCACAUGGGCAAGAGCCACAGAGGAGGAAGGGUCCUGGAGGAACACUGCCCUUAGUCUGUGGAGGAACCCUGCCUUUCGGUCCCUCCAGCUCAAAACACAGUUCCAGCUAACCUUUUCAGAAUGGCUACAUAAUGAGCUCCAAGUUUGCAGAGGUGACGAUGCCCUGUCUGAUCCUGAACGGCAGGACUACCAUGAGUGGACAUUCACAGAGCUGUUCCUGCCCCUCCCCGAGCAGGAGGGAGGCUUUGGAGGAGAAGUGAAGACUCUCUGCUGCCAACUGCUCGAUGCUGUCCUCGAUAAUGAGGUGAAAUAUGGUGCAAAUCGCAGAGGAACACUGUCAAUUCUUCCAGACAUCAUCUCUAGGUUGCAGACGUGUAUGUAUGAUGUUUGGCUGUCUGGACGCUCUGACAGACCCGAAAUAGGACGGCUCGCUUUUGAGCUGCUGUCCCACAGGAUGUCUUCUGUCCCAUCAGCUUCUCCCAGCACCAGCUCAGAGCUUGUCCUGCAUCGCACUAUGCAAUCAUGGAACAGAGUGUUCCUGGCCCUCCCUUCAUCACUGUUCCUGUCUGCAGCAGUGGAAGGAGACAGGUCCACUCUGGAGUAUGAUCUCCUAAUAGAACACAUCAAUCAGCACCAGAGAAUGGUGUGUUGUGCUGACAACGUGCUGCCCUGUCAUACAACUACACACAUAAUUAAAGGAGUGUUGUGUGCAAAUGCUCACCUUAAGGAGGAUGAGAAAUCUCAAUGGUUCAACAUAGCUUGGUCUCAGUUCAUCUUUCGGUGCCCUCUGCUCCUUGUCUCCUCUAUGUACUGGUGGGAUCACAUAUGUGCGUCCCUGUACUACAUGUGGAGGCGCUACCCUCAUCUGCUUGCCCCGCUGUCUCAGUGCCACCAAUGGGCUCAGAGGGUUUUGUGUGGACAGAUAGAACCCACCCCCUCAGCUCCACCUCUGCAGUUGGCGGCCUGUCUGUAUCGGGCCCUACACGACUGUGAACGUCCCAAUAAUGCUUACAUUUCAGUGCUGCGACAAGAGCAGCAAAGUGAGGUUUUGGUCUUCCUACUUUCUCUGUGUGUCAACCGCCACCUGUCGUCCUUGCUGCAUCCUGAGACAAAACGUACGCAUACAGCUGGGACAUGCACUGCUCUGCUCAGUGAAUUGGUGCACUCUUCUGACUGGCUAAGCAUCCUUAAAACUAAUGAACAAGGAGUUUAUCAGCCUGCUGCCAUGUUGGUGUCAGAUGAUAUGAAUCGGCUAAUGCCAUGGGCUUUUUACAGCCUCUUGUGUCAGCAGAGUUCAGACUUCUUGAAUAAAGCGGUGCGUUGUCCAGGCUUCAUCCACACUGCUGUGCUCCAUUACAUCAGUCUUCUGCGCCUCUUCAUCGACGGACAUACCCCCACACAGACGUCCAACCAGGUGGGGCCUUCAGAAGUAGUGGUCCAAAGUAAAAAGCUGUUGUUAAGAUGUAUAUCUCAGAUGUCAGGUUUUGCUCUGUCGUCCUCUCACCGCAGACAGCUGCAAGACCUGUGUGCCGAGCUGGACCCUGAAGUCACAGCCGCCCUUGGUUACCAUGACAACCUGAGCCUCAGCCCUGAAAUGGACUUCAUCUGACCACACCAAAGACUGCUGAAGUUAAAAACUUUUAUUUACAGCACAAAUGCCCAU